CAGUUUGUCUGCCAAUGAGAGGCGGAGAAAACGCCGAAUAUCCGUAUGUGUGGGAAGGGCACUGUCUGGCUGUUGAUUUGUCUUGCAUAAAAAGCAAACAGGAAGAGAUUUUUUUUCUAAAAACGCUGUCAGUUUUGCGAAAUAAAUAACAGCACAACCAUGCCAGGCAUUGACAAACUGCCGAUAGAAGAAACACUGGAGGACAGUCCUCAGACUCGCUCCUUGCUUAGUGUGUUUGAGGAAGACACAUAUGCCGUAUCCAGCUACUACCAUCAGCUCUUCAAAGCCAUGCAAAGGAUAUAUGAUGCACAGAAUGAACUGAGUGCUGCGACACACCUGACCUCCAAGUUACUGAAGGAGUAUGAAAAACAGCGUUUUCCACUUGGUGGUGACGAUGAGGUCAUGAGCUCGACUUUGCAGCAGUUUGCCAAAGUCAUCGAUGAGCUCAGCUCCUGUCAAGCCGUCCUGUCCACUCAGCUAGCAGACGCCAUGAUGUUCCCCGUCACUCAGUUCAAAGAGAGGGACUUAAAAGAAAUCCUCACUCUGAAGGAAGUGUUUCAAAUAUCCAGCGAUGAUCUUGACACAGCCAUCAACAGAUACAGUCGACUGUCUAAAAAGAAAGAGAAUGAGAAGGUAAAGGGUGAAGUGAUGGAAGAUGUUUACACCUCAAGGAAAAAGCAGCACCAGACCAUGAUGCACUACUUCUCAGCACUCAAUACGCUACAGUAUAAGAAAAGGAUUGCCCUGUUGGAGCCGCUGCUGGGGUACAUGCAGGCACAGAUCAGUUUCUUCAAACUUGGAUCAGAGAACCUCACACAGCAAUGGGAAGACUUCCUCACAAACAUUGGAACCAGUGUACAGAAUGUACGCAGGGAGAUGGACAGUGAGGUGGACAUAAUGCAGCAGACCAUCCAGGAUCUGGAGCAGGCCAGUGAUCUGGUGUACAUGCCCGACCCUGACCCUAAUAAAAUCCCAAUUAACCGCAAUCUGACCCGCAAAGCCGGAUACCUCAACAUUCGCAAUAAAACAGGGCUGGUGUCGUCCACCUGGGAGAGGCAAUAUUUCUUCACACAAGGAGGGAACCUCAUGAGUCAGUCUCGAGGAGACGUGGCAGGAGGGCUGGUCAUGGACAUAGACAACUGUUCCGUCAUGGCAGUGGACUGUGAGGAUCGGCGCUUCUGCUUCCAAAUCUUUUCCUUCGAUGGCAAAAAGAAUGCCAUCUUACAAGCAGAGAGCAGAAAGGAUUGUGAAGAGUGGAUUGCAACGAUAAAUAACAUCUCAAAGAGGAUAUAUCUUAGUGAGAAACCUGAGGAAACUGCUGCCAGAGUCAACCAGUCGGCUCUGGAGGCUGUGACGCCGUCACCAUCAUUCCAGCAGCGGCAUGAGAGUUUUAGACCCAGCACGCAGGGCCGACCCCGAGCAGCCCGGACUGGCAGCCAGAGCUCAGCAGGCUCCGAGUCACCCGCUCUCUCCUCGCUGUCUCUGGACUCCCUGGUGGCUCCAGACACUCCCAUCCAGUUUGAUAUCAUUUCCCCAGUCAGUGAAGAGAGCACACCGCAGGCUAAAGGUGCUGCCCAGGGCAGAAGGACAAACCCAUUUGGAGAGUCUGGAGAGGUUCAAUCCGGAGACAUUGAAGACUCCAUCCUGCACCAGCUUUUCAUCGUGCGUUUCCUGGGAUCCAUGGAAGUGAAGGCCACAGAGAACCCAGACGUCAUCUACGAGACAAUGAGGCAGAUCCUGGCGGCCCGAGCCAUCCACAACAUCUUCAGAAUGACCGAGUCCCAUCUGCUUGUCACCUGCGACUGCCUGAAGCUCAUUGACCCUCAAACACAAGUCACGAGAUUAAGGUUCCCUCUGUCCAGUGUGGUGAUGUGUGCAUCUCAUCAAGAGAACAAGCGCCUGUUCGGCUUCGUGUUGCAUACGGCCGGCGGGCGAGUUGACGGACGUCCUGUCACUGUCUGCUACAUCUUUGAGUCUAAUAAUGACGGAGAGAAGAUCUGUGACAGUGUGGGACUAGCGAAACAGAUAGCCCUUCAUUCAGAAAUGGAUCGCAAAGCCACCCAGAAGCAGAGAGAGCUGGAAAAGGCAAAGGAGAAGCAGCAAGAAGAGCUGACUAAACAGAAACAGAUUGAAAAGGACUUGGAGGAACAAAGCCGCCUGAUAGCUGCCUCGAGUCGUCCAAACCCGCCAACCACUGACGGACAGUUCCUCGUCCUCAGCAAGAGCCAGUCUGAAGACAGCGAUGUCGGGGAGGAGGGGAGGAAAAGAGGGGAAUCUGACGCUUGAGAGUAAGGAGCAUGAGGAUAAAUUUGAUCUCUACCUGGACUCAAGUUUUCAUCCAAAACACUUAAUCUUACCACCAUUUCCUUCCAAGCUUUUGAUUUACUAAAGGAAAUGACUUUUGCAAAAUGAAUGCAGAAUAUUAAAAAAAAGACACAUAAGUACAGGAGAGAAGAGUCAUUUUAUGGGUGGGUGAAUAGGGAGAAGCUCUCAUGAGCUUGUUUUAUUUGUAUUGAAUCUUCUAUUUUGUACCUUUUCCAUUACUGACUUGUAUCGAAAACACACUUUUAGAUGUUUUUGGUUGUUGUAUAAGUGUGCGUGUGAGAGAGUUGGUGCACUACUAAAAACUUGUGUAUGGUAUGUGUGAAUGAACGGGAUUUUAUUUUUUGGAAGAAAUUGCACGUGUGAAUAGCACAUAUUAAAGAAGGACUUGUACUAAUGCUGUAUAUUUAACUUUAUGCUCUAACAUGCCUGCAUGUAGUUCAGCUUAUGUGAUAGCUACAUCAGUAACUGAAUUGUAUUGGGGUUGAAUCUAACCAGACUGUACCUGUGGUGAAUUCUGUAAGACACGCUUUGCAGAUGGUCAUCUAUGUAAUUCAGGAUAGUGGAUGUGGUCACUUUAUUUUUUUUUAUUUUUUUUUUUUUUAUAAAGUGUAAUAAUUUGUUUAACCCCUUAAACUCCCAGUUUACUAUUUAGUAUAAUAAUAAGCAUAUUAUUCAUUAACUAUUAUUAAAUAUUGAGUAACUGCAGUGAAAGUAUGUAGUUACAUACUUCCACUGCAGUUACUCAAUAUUUAAUUUUUACUUUAUGUAGUCCUGGGAGUUGAAGGGGAAUUUUUUUUCUAUAACAAUGUUUACAGUUGUAAAAAGUUGUUUAAAAGGUUAAUUGGAUUAAGACACCAGUUCAGUACAUGCAAUUUUUAUAUAUGCGCACACACAAACACACACACACACACACACACACACACACAACUUUCACAAGUGGUUUGUUGGUUUCCAACACUUAAAGGAUAAUCAUGCUUUAUAAUUUCCAUACUGUAAUAAUGAUGCAAAUGUACUUCAUUUAUGCACCAUGUCUGUUAGAUAUCUUAAACCGUAUGUAACAAGAAGUCUUUUGGGUGUUUUAUUGUUUUAUUGUGUUGUGUUAAUAGUUCAUUAUGACCUUCUGACAAAAGCUGUCUCAAUGUAAAUCUGUGUUUUUUUUUUUUUUGUUUUUUUCUCGAAAUGGCCCCAAAUUCCUGAAGCACACUUAAGAUGUGUAUAUAAAAGCCCAGUUAACAUGAAUAAUGCUCUUUGAAUUCUGAAAAAAAAAAAAAAACUUCAGCCAGUGUAAAUAUAAUUCAUUUUUGAAUGUCCUUCAUAAUAAUGUAUAACUUGUUCCUUUUCUGUGGUAUAGAGAUUUAAAUUUUUUUUUGCCUUUUGAUAUGUGUGGUGUCCACAAAAGAAAUACAUUUCAGAAUUUGAA